AUGAGUUUUAUUCACGGUACUCUUCCGAAGCCUGCGAGUGGUAGCCCGGAUAUGGAGAACUGGCUAACGGUCAAUUCCAUGAUCGUUGGUUGGAUUAGGUCUUCGAUAGAACCUAAAGUACGUUCGACGGUGUCGUAUAUCACGGAUGCUCAUCUCCUGUGGACUGAGCUUAAGGAGCGUUUCUCAGUGGGGAAUAAAGUGCGUAUACACCAAAUCAAGUCUCAACUUGCGUCAUGUAAGCAGGACGGUCAGACUGUUUUGGAGUAUUAUGGUCGUCUUGCUAUGUUGUGGAAGGAACUACAAACUUAUCAGCCGGUGAUUUCGUGCUCUUGUGGAGCAGCUGGCGUACUUGCCAAAGAAAAAGAAGAAGAAAAGCUGCACCAAUUUGUUAUGGGAUUGGACGAUGCUCGGUUUGGUGGUUUGUGUACGAGCAUCGUAGCUUCUGAUCCUUUGCCUAGUCUUGGUGAAGUCUAUGCAAAGAUUGUGCGAGAAGAGCAACGUUUGACAUCAGCGAAAGCUCGCGAGCAACAGCAAGAGGCGAUCGGAUUUGUCGCUCGCCGAGAAGAGGUCCUUGCUCCUGUUCGUCCUAGCCAAACUGAGACACGUUCAGACUCAGCUAAUUCUAAACAAGAAUAUAGUGGAGGUCGUGGAAGAGGAGGAGGUCGCAAUGGUUACAACAACCCUGGUCGUGGUCGUGGUCAGGCCAAUGCUGCACACGCCACAAGUUCCAACGCUUCUUCUUUUCCGGAGUUUACAGCCGACCAGUGGAAGGCUCUAUCCAAGUUGAUUCAAGAGAAGUCUGGUGAGGCGAAUCCUGACAAGUUGUCUGGUAAGAAUACUUCGGUGAUGUUAUUCUAG